AUGAGGGUCCAACGCCAGAUGUCAAUUACCGUCCCUGUCCCCCAGAACCUCCCUGCCUCCGCCGCCCUCGCAUACAUCCAAACCGCCGACCCCAUCAUCCGUAAUCUCGGCACGCUCUCGCGCUUCGAGCCAACGGCCGUGACCGAGGACGCGGCCAACGACCCCUUCUUCGAGCUGCAGCCCCCUAGCCCCGUCGCCGGCUACCAGAUCUUCGAGGUCAUCACCCUCGCCCCCGGACUGACCAAGGAGGUCACCUACCCGGCCUUCUUCCAGCGCAUCAGCGAGGGCAUCCGCGUCCGCGCCAGCGGCGCCGCCGGCAUCACCGGCUGGUGCGAGUUCACCAUCCGCCAGAGGCAGGUGGCCGACUCCCCGGGAAGCUCCAUUAGCACCCCUAGCACCGCCACUCCCGUCGCGGACCUGGGCCCGGAGGAGUUUGAGCUCUUCGAGACCCUCGUCGUGGAGGCAAACUCGCUGCUCAUGCCCUUUGUCGUCAUGGUCAUAGAGCAGGCGCAUCGCGGCCUGUGGUGGGGAUAG